AUGAAACAAACAAAACUGACACUUCUGGACACCAGCGACACAAUCUAUCAAAACCUUCACAGCUUAUUUACAACAGCAAUCCCGGAAGCAACAAUGACCGGAAUCUUAAAAAUCGAAAUGCCGGAGAAAAUAAUAAAACGGCAUCAAAUUCUUGCAGUGAAAAUGUCAAAAAAACAUAAAACGGACCCACAGAUAAUCACACACUCAAUGUUUCAUGGAACGACUUAUAAUUGUUAUGAUCCAAUUACGAAGUUAGAAGCAAAAGCUGAAUUAUGCGAGGAUAAAGAGUGUGCAAUGUGUGGAAUUCUUAGGAAGGGAAAUAAAAAGCGUAAGACCAAAAAUCGAUGGUGGUGGAGGAAGAAAUCGGGAAUUUGGUCGUCGAAUGAUCCAGCGUAUUCAUUAAAUUUUUCCUUGAAACGACACGAUCAACAUCCUUAUAUUAUGUUUGUAUUGGAUGUGCUUUCUCCGUUACCCGGUUAUGCACUUGAAGUUUUUAAUGAGGCUGCUACAAUACCUAAAUACUUGCUAAUCUUUGAAUAUAACUCCUCAUGA